GUUGUCCUUGGGCAUCGACUGGCCGUCAAUUCAAUUUAUAAGCAGAGGAUAGGAAAUAUAUAAGUGAUUUCUUCUUACUUAAUAACUUACCCUUAAUUUAUUGGUCUCAUUUAAUUUUCAAUUAAUCUACUUUGACAUGGACGACGAGAUACAAAAAUUGGUACAAUCUGCGCUGGAUAAAGCGCCAAGUACGGUGGAAGCCGAGUUGAAGCAAAUACAAGAAUUGUUGCUUAAAAGGAAAAAUACCGAGGAUCUUUACUCGAAUGGAGUUUUAUCCAAAUUCCGAUUGGACGGACAGGUCGCUCUGGUCACCGGAAGUGGACAAGGAAUCGGCCGAUCCCUCGCCCACGCUCUCGGCGAGGCGGGCUGCUCAGUCGUCGUGGCGGACAUCAAUCAAACUACCGCGACCCACGUGGCGGCUGAACUUGGCGCUAAAGGAAUUCCAAACCUCGCCGUGAAAGUCGACAUUUCCCAGAAAUCCGAUGUGGACGAAAUGAUGCGGAUCACGCUCGAGAAAUUUGGCCAACUUCACAUUGCCUGCAACAAUGCCGCAAUUUCUUCCCAAUCCGACGCCGAGUUUACAGAGGAAGCCGAAUGGGACUCCAUAUUCGGGGUGGACCUUAAGGGCACCUUCCAUUGCUGCCAAGUCGAAGGGAAGCACAUGCUGGAGAAAGGGUACGGUCGCAUUAUCAAUACGGCCUCGAUUAUCGGGAGCAUCGUGACGAGGCCGAAUCGACAAUCGGUGUACAAUACGUCAAAAGCGGGGGUCAUCCAUAUGACCAAGUCUCUUGCAGCGGAAUGGGCCGGGCGGGGAGUGACGGUUAACUGCAUUUCACCUGGAUACGUUGACACGGAUUUAAUCCGGACAGAAAAGUAUCUACCAUUUCGUACCCAAUGGGUCAAAGAUACCCCGAUGGGACGAUUGGGAGAUGUCGAAGAGAUGACGGGGGCCGUGAUCUACUUGGCGUCCAGUCUCUCCAGUUUCACAACGGGUUCGGACAUCAUUAUUGACGGAGGUUACACCCUUUGGUAAGUGCACCUUCAACUUAAAAAGGGUUGACCACAAGAAGAUUUCCACUUGGAAGGGUCUUCUCUUUAUCUAUCAUAAAACGUAAAAUUACAUUUGUGAAAAUAAAUUAAAACCAGUAUCAAAGUCAAACCAAUUCUUAA